GGGGGGAGGGCGAGUCUCGGCGAGUCACGAUGAUGGCGGCCACCAGCCUGUGGUGAGCUAGCGGAUUCUCUGCUGUUUUCGCAGAGCCCCUCGCGCUCCCGACAGACCCACUGGCUGGUAACCGGGCGCGUGAGGAAGCACGGUGGCCCGAGCUCGCGAGGAAGGCCGCAGUCGCGGAGGCAGCGGCGCGGCCGGGGGCCAGGGCUGGGGGAGAGGCCGCUCUGCAGGGCGAAUGUGACAAGCCCCCACCCCCACCGCCUUCCUCCCGAGUGCGCGAGGAGCGCGGGCGACCCCGGGGCCCCGCCAGGCCACAGACCCCGCCCAGCGGCCAGCACCCGGAGCAGGCCCGGCAGCGGAGCUGCGCGGCGGCACCAUGCUGGUCACCCUGAAGACCCUCCAGCAGCAGACCUUCAAGAUCGACAUCGACCCCGACGAGACGGUGAGAGCACUGAAAGAGAAGAUUGAAUCUGAAAAGGGUAAAGAUGCCUUUCCUGUAGCAGGUCAAAAGUUAAUUUAUGCAGGCAAAAUCCUAAAUGAUGAUACUGCUCUAAAAGAAUAUAAAAUUGAUGAGAAAAACUUCGUGGUAGUUAUGGUGACAAAACCGAAAGCGGUGACAACACCAGCGCCAGCCACGACUCAGCAGUCAAGUUCCGCCGCCGCCGCGGUUAGUUCCUCCACAGCGCCAGCUGUGGCGCAGGCCCCAGCCCCUGCCCCCACUUCGGCUCCCACUCCCACACCUGCGUCUGUCACUCCAGCAUCGACGACAGCGUCUUCUGAGCCUGCACCCGCUAGCGCAGCGAAGCAGGAGAAGCCUGCGGAGAGGCCAGCGGAAACCCCAGUGGCCACCACCCCAACGUCAACCGACAGUACAUCAGGUGAUUCUUCUCGGUCAAACCUUUUUGAAGAUGCAACAAGUGCACUUGUGACAGGUCAGUCUUACGAGAAUAUGGUAACUGAGAUCAUGUCAAUGGGCUAUGAACGAGAGCAAGUAAUUGCAGCCCUGAGAGCCAGUUUCAACAACCCUGACAGAGCAGUGGAGUAUCUCUUAAUGGGAAUUCCUGGAGAUCGAGAAAGUCAGGCUGUGGUUGACCCCCCUCCAGCAGCUAGCACUGGGGCUCCUCAGUCUUCAGUGGCUGCAGCCGCAGCAACUACGACAGCAGCAACUACAACAACAAGUUCUGGAGGACACCCUCUUGAAUUUUUACGGAAUCAGCCUCAGUUUCAACAGAUGAGGCAAAUUAUUCAACAGAAUCCUUCCCUGCUUCCAGCAUUGCUACAACAGAUAGGUCGAGAAAAUCCUCAGUUACUUCAGCAAAUUAGCCAACAUCAGGAGCAUUUUAUUCAGAUGUUAAAUGAACCAGUUCAAGAAGCUGGUGGUCAAGGAGGAGGGGGAGGAGGUGGCAGUGGAGGAAUCGCAGAAGCUGGAAGUGGUCAUAUGAACUACAUUCAAGUAACGCCUCAGGAAAAAGAAGCUAUAGAAAGGUUAAAGGCAUUAGGAUUUCCUGAAGGACUUGUGAUACAAGCAUAUUUUGCUUGUGAGAAGAAUGAGAACUUGGCUGCCAAUUUUCUUCUACAGCAAAACUUUGAUGAAGAUUGAAAGGGACUUUUUUUUUUUAAUCUCACACUUCACACCAGUGCAUUACACUAACUUUGUUCACUGGAUUGUCUGGGAUGACUUGGGCUCAUAUCCACAAUACUUGGUAUAAGGUAGUAGAUUGUUGGGGGUGGGGAGGGAGGGAUCUAGGAUAUAGGGCAGGGAUAAAUACAGUGCAUGUCUGCUUCAAUUAGCAGAUGCCGCAAAUCCACACAGUGUGUAAAAUAUUAUACAACCAAAAAUCAGCUUUUGCAGGUCUUUAUUUCUUCUAUAAAACAGUAGGUAACUUUUCCUAGGUUUCACUCUUUUUAGUGUACUAGAUCCAGAAAUUUAGUGUAAUGCCCUGCUUUAUAUUUCUUUGACUUAACAUUGGUUUCAGAAAGAAUCUUUGCUACCUAGAAUCUACAGUCCCUAUUUUAUGGCAACACUGGAUAAUGGCUUUGUGAAAUUGGGGGAAAAAAAUGGGAGUGACUGUAAACAGAAAUGCCAAAUUAUUGAUGGUUAUUGUUGCUGCUUCAAAUAAGUAUAAAAUUAAUGUGUAAGAAAGCCCAUUCUUUCAUGAUAAAUACUUGGGGUUGAAGGGGGGAGAUGGGAGAACAUUUUCUUAAGAUGAAAAUAAUUAACUGCUAUUUUAAAUUUCUUGAUCAUUGAAUGUGAGACCCUUCUAACAUGAUUUGCGAAGCUGUACAAGUAUAGGCAGAGUUAUUUUUCUGUUUACAUUUUUUUUUUGGUUUAUUUUGGGGGGUAAAUUGGUAGCUGCCUAAUUACUGUUUACUUCAUUGUUAUAUUGCAGUAAAAAGUUAUAAAAACCACGGUUGCAUGUUUGCUUUUGAUGUAUCCCUUUGUGGAGUUAGCACUUUGGGGCCAAUGAAGAAAUGCAGCAUUCACUCUCCCUGUCUUCCCCUUCCCUCAGCAGAAAUGUGUUUGUCAGCAAGUCGUGAAUUCCAACUGCUGCCUCUUUUAAAACCCACAAAAUGCUGAUUCAGUUCAAGAUUAAUGCAAAUGUCUCAAAACUGGGUUUCUGAUAUUUGUAAAUGUUUUUUCCUUAAUUAGAUAAGAAUGUAUGACCAUUAAAGUUGUUAGGAUUAUUUUGCUUUUGAAAAGAGAAGGUGGACAGAACUACAAUCCAGCAUCUUUUAUUGCAUUGGAAAGACUGGCAAAAUCUUUUGGAAGGGUUGGGAGAUGCAGCUGGAAUAGUACUUUGGAAAAUAUACAAUCAAGAUAUCUCAUGGCAUAUUAAAAGAAAAAUCUUAAUAGCAAUGUUGGCUUUUAUUUGGAUUUUUUUCAUCUCAGCUUUUUUCUUUGGAAUCUCCUUUGUUGGCAUUGUUAUUUGAUCAUGAAGAGGGGGCAGGUGUGUCUACUUGUUUUAUUUUUUUCAGCUCUCUUUUCCUGAGUAUUAAAAAGACUAAAGAAAUAAUUUUUUUUCUACCAUCUUAUACUGAGUUAAGAAGAUGAAUUUGCACAGAUUUUAUCCUACAUAAUCUCUUAAUAAUCCUUAGCACAGUUUGGUGAUGACUUUUAAGCUUUUACAUCAUGCACUCAUAACCUAUCUCUUAUGAAAAUAAAAAAAUUAUGAUUUUUUCCCAUGUUAAUCAUGUAGUUUAAUCUUCAUGUGUUUAUUCCAUAAACACAACAAGACCUUUGGACUUUGUAUUACCUGUAUGUUUUAUAAUGGAUUGUGCAAAAAUGUCUCAGAAUAAAAUGAGGAUUUGUAAAUAUGUUCAUCUUUCGAGGUAGAGCAAUGAGUUGGGAAGAGGGAUGGCAUUUCUGGUGAGAUAAUGGAGUAUUCGUUUAUUUUCACGAUAUUUUAUCUGCUACUUAAUUGCUUAGAGCAUAGUGAAAACUAGAAAAGGAGAGAAAAAAACAACCAGCAGCCACCUCUUCUUUUCUCUGGAAAGUGACAGCAGGAGGUGAUCGAUCACAUGGAGCUUUUGUCCUUGGACAGCAAAACUACAAAUAGUGGGAUUAAUAAUCACCAGAACACAGUUCAGGCCACGUUUUGGCCAUUCUUUGCAGUGCUCUGUUUAUCUGCGGAAAGAAUCAGCCGUGACACCAUGAAAGAAAUGGGCUUUAUGUGGCCUUUUGCUGUUACCUUUUAAUUUACAAACAUUUUGGUAAGUCUCUUAAUCUAAGUGCUACAUGACUUUGGAAUUUUUGCCUUGGAGGUAUUCUGUCAUCUGUUUCUUGAAAUCUGUUGAUUGUUCAGUUGCUCUGUGGAAGACCUGAAGAAGCUUAAGUUUAUACUUGUUAAACUCUUACUGCCGUCUAGUCAAAUAUAUUUUUACAUUGUUUAAAAAUACUGAAGUGUUCCACCAUAUGAUUUUUUUUCUCCUGUACUCAAUGGCUAGGAUUCUAGAGAAUUAAUUAUAAAAUAUUUUCAAUAUA